AUGGCCUCCCAACUAGGUCCACCAUCGCCGUCGCUGGAGCCGGCGGCUACAACCGCCGACAUCACUGCUAUCGGCGAAGACCUCCUCCGCGAGGUCUUCCUCCGCCUCCCCUCCCCCCCGAGCCUCGUCCGCGCCACCCUCGCGUGCCGCACCUUCCUCCGCACCGUCCGAUCGUGCCCCAUCUUCCGCCACCGCUUCCUGGCGCUCCACCCGCCCCAAAUCCUUGGAUUCUUCGAAGGAUGGAAAACAGGCAUCCCUUUGUUCAUCCCCUUCCGCGACCCCUCCGACCCUGACCUCGCCGCCGCCGUCUGCGGUGCGGAUUUCCUCCUCACCCGCCUCCUGGAAGACAGCGGCGACCCAGGGUGGGACAUCAAGGAUUGCCGCUGCGGCCACCUCCUCCUCCACAACAGGCGCACUAAGCAGAUCGCUGCCUACAACCCCCUCACGCAGGCGCUGGAUAUCUUCCCCCACCCGCCACGAGAGACCUGCGGUCCUCGCUACCUUCUUUACCGCAUCAUCUUCCCUAAAGAGGACCAGAGGUCGUUCCAUGUGGUUUGUUUCCGUCGCCGCAAGUCGUGCCGGGGUUCGCGACUUCGGAUCUCUGUCUUCUCGUCAGUCAGCAGGGAGUGGCAGUGUUUCUCGUGGGUAUGUGUACAAAACUUGACGCCGCAGCCUCGGAAGGAUGGAGGCGACGUGUGGUCUUACAUUGCUACACUGGUGAGUGGAUCUGACCGAUUGGCCUAUUGGAAAGACAAAGAUCAAGCAUACAUGGUCGUGCUCAACACCCCCACGCCGCAUUUAUCUCCAAUGGGUUUGCCGCCACCCUCGGAAGAUUAUGAGCUUGGUCAGACCAAGGAUGGGAAGCUCUGUUUGGUUUGCAUAGAUGACGUCUAUGCAAACAAAGGAACACUUGCUGUUUGGUUUCGUAGAGUUGAUGGUGAUGGUUCAGACGAAUGGAUGCCGCACAAGGUUUUCCCACUGAGUGCUUUUAUUGAUGUCACCAUGUGUUCAGAAGAGUAUGAUGUUAUGGUGCAAGUUGUGAUGGUCUUGGAUGGAUUUGUGUUCCUGUCUGUUAGUUAUGCGAGGUAUACCGAGUGCCUAAUAUCCUUCUGCCUGGAAACAGAGAAUGUAAACAAGCUCUUCACUCAUACAUUGGACUGCAAUAUUCAUCCCUACUUCAUGGUGUGGCCUCCUUCUUUGGUACGCAACGAGGAGGAUUCAGAUAGCAAACUUACUAGCGACAAUGUGACAGAUGAUGGUCCCGUGGGCAUAGAAGCAACCCCCUCUGUUUUCGGAUUGUGUGAAGAGAAGACACCAUCUACUAGUUUCAUACACUUGUAGCUAGGAUAGCAAGGGAACGAUGGAGACAUAAGCUAUUGCUAAUGAGUGUAACCAUUAGUAUGACUAUUUGGCAAGAGACCAAACCAUGAGCUUUAUCUUCUUGGAGGUUGCUAUUUUACUAUGCAGCAUCACUGAGUUGAGACCCAAUUUGCAUCUCAGCUUGAGUACUUGACCUUAGUGG